AGAGGAUGAUGUAGUUACUCGGCCUGAAAACAGAACAAAAAACCAUAACGUUGUUCGGUUUAAAACGUAAAUCGUGUGUACCGUAACAUCGAUUACAAUGGCCGGUAUAAGAACAGUAAACGGAAAAUUUUCGGGAAUCAACCCAGCCGUCAGUUGCUGUCGCCUGCGUCAGGUUCAGUCUCUGCUCUGUGAGGGAGGUGCUGCCACUCCUGAUGGUAUCUUGUGCUCUCUUGGAAUUGACAGCAGAUAUAAUGAAGGGUGUACUGAGCUGGCAAAAUACCUGUUCUAUGGACUGUAUGGACGGAAUCAGCUAAAUCUGGAACAUGUCCUUGAGGAAUUUCCAGAAGAAAUGUUGGAUGAUGUGAUCCUAUUGAUCAAGGCGGAGUGUGUUCAUCUGUACUGCAACCCGCUAAACUACAGUUACCUGUUGCCCUACGUGUCUCACUGGAGGAACCUGCAUCUCUACUGCAUGACAGAAGCAGAGUAUGAAGAUGAGGAAGCAGCAGAGGAAUUCAAAAUCUCCAGCUUUGUCACAAUGGUGCAGGACUGCUAUCGUAUCGGAGUACCUUACAGCUCCCAGGGACACAUCCAGAAGUUUGAUAUGUUUAUGGUGGAAAAAUGGCCCCUAAUUCAAGCAUUUGCCCUAGAAGGCAUCGGUGGAGGAAGCUUUUUUACCAUUAAAUAUAAGCUUAUGGAUAUGAGCGAGAAGCUCUGGCAGGUGUACGGCAGACUAGACCCAGUGUCCCUGGACAGUCUCCUCGCAGAGGACUUGGUAAACUUUGAGAAGCAGUGGAGUAGCUUUUUCUCCAGUAUGGACCUAGAGAGUCAUCUGUCCAUCCUUGAGCUGUCUGAAGCUCAGGCAGGAGAGGCAUUCCGUACUUACUACUCUCAUGGACUGAUCUCAAGCAACAUCACAGAUAAAAGUAAAAAUCAGCAGCCCUUUGUGUUGUUUGGGAAGCAUUCAUCCGCAGAGGAUCUGGAGCGCUAUUUGUUCAACUUUCCCUCAGAGAGUCAUCAGGUCCGCAACACAGGGCCUCAAGGUUCUACAGCCAAACACAUGAUUCUGCAGUGUGUUGCUCCCAAAGGACCUCUAUCCUGCUCUCGAACCUAUUUCUUUGGGACCACCCACGCUCCUUAUCUUGGAAAUCAAAACAAGGAGCAAAAUAAAACAGAAGUCUUACUUUUGUCACAGAUUUAUUCAGGUGUUGUUCAAGCAGUCCUUUCAGGAAUCAAAUGCUACUCCUGUACCUCAAGUGCUACCAAGGCUAAGGAUGUAGCAGAGAACACCUUCCUUGUGGCUUUGGACUCAAUGAAUUUAAGUCAGUACCGCGGUUUUCUCAGGUCCAAAUGUGAAUUCAGCAUUCAAGCAGUGAACAAGCAGGGGAGGAUAAUUCCUCUGACUGAUGAAAAAAGCCGUUAUAUAGUUAAAACAGCCUCCAUGACUGUCCAUGACAUCCCAGACCUGCAGCAGGACAGGGGGGACCUGGGCUCUGUGGUCUUCUCUGAAUCCUUCUUGGAGUCCAGCAUCAAUAUUCAGCAGAAAGAUGGCACUGUGUCAUCAGACAGCUGCUACACCAUCCUGACUACAACUGUGCCUCGAUAUGCCUGCUGGCUGAUGGAGUCUGAUGUAAAGCAAUCUGAGCAAGCCCAAAAUCUUACUAAGACAGAGGAAGGCACUUGUUUGGGAACUCCUCUGACUGUGGCCGAUGCUGCAUAUGCAUUCUCCAGCAGCCAGCUCUCCACGCCUGAAGAAGGAAAGAUCGUUUUCUUCUCUGAGGGCCUCCUGUUUGUCCAUUCUCAAUACGGGAGCAUUACUCUGUCCAAGGAUCACAUCAACACCAUUAAGUUCUAUGAUCCGGACUCCAGCGCUGUGGCUUCUCUCUUUGUGGAGUAUGACAGCAGCCUGCUUCCACACCUCCCGUUCCCUCUCCACAGCUCUGACCAUUGUCUGGUCUUUGCUCUUCAGCCCAGGUCUAAGAGUCACAGGGCCUUCUAUUCCAAGGUCUUAUCAGUGUGGCAAAACUCUGAAUCUGGAUUCACUCUACAGUUGCUGGACGAAGGGCAACUGACUUGGACCCAAAGAAGCAUGCACAACAGACUGCAGAAGCUGCACGACAGUCAGGAGCCACCAGUGGCCAAACGCAGAGGAAGCCUGAAGACUUCUUACUCCCAGCUGCCAGAGCAGGACAUGUUUCUUCAGCACUUUGCCCUGAGUAGCAUUAGUCAGGAGCCCAUUCUGUAUGACCACCUGGGAGUGCUCUUCCCCUCUACAGAGCUUCAGAACUCAGUCAGUGGCAAGGGAGACAAGGUUGUCAUUACCAUCAUCACCGGACUGCCAGGAAGCCAUAAGAAGAGACUCUGCAACUUCGUGGUCCAGCUGAACAAGGAACGUGGAAGGUGGGUGGUGUACGAGCCUGGUCCUGACAGCUGUGACAGCUUCUCAGCCUCUCACCUCCAGCAGUACUUGUCCAGCUUCCUGGAGAGCCAGAGAGGCCUCGGAGGCAAACCCCGUCUGUUGGUGCUCUCACCUGGAUACACAGAUGUUCUGGAUGUGGUUCAGGCUGUGCUUUUCCACCCCGAUCCAGUUGUCCAGUCGUGCUUCACCAUUGGUGCUGUCACAGCCUGUGUGGAUCCUCUUGCUUCCUGUUUGGAGCACAGGUUUUCCUUUCCUAAGCUGUUGGAGCAGUGCAGCCAAGGUAUUGUGAGUACAGUGGUGUUCACCGGGCUGACAGCAGAGCAGAAGCACCCUCUCAUGCAACAUGUUCAGCAGUUGGUACGCUCUGCCAACCCCACUGCAGCCUUCAUACAAGCAGAGAGAGGAGCUGUCACCAGGAAUGAAGAUGUGAAUCUGAUAUUGUCUGAGAGCAGCUUCACUGAUCCACAGAUGCUGAGAGCACGUUAUGUCCUCUACCCUGGAUGGUGCAAAGGGCGCUUCUCCUCUGGUUCUGGGUCUCUGGUCCUCACCCAGCAGCAUGUGGCUUUCAGCCGGCCCCUAGAGAGGCCUCUGUUUGUCACCCGCUGUAAAGCAUUCAAGUCAUCCCUAAGGCCAAGCCCCUUCCGAGGAAACGUGUACAAUGUUUGGGGAAAAGUCCGAUUUUCUGACUCAGAACAACUGAUGGAGGUGAGCUACAACACAGUGAGUGGGAGCCUGAGCCUUGUCCCUCUCACCCCGGGCCCCGAAGAGACCAACACGUCCUGCUUCGUGAUCUUUGAUGGUGUUGGGCUCACCGAGGAUGGACUGAAGGACUGGCUCAGACUGUGCACCAAGCAGAGGCAGACAAAGAAGCCUAAGAAGACUAAAAAUACUCUUUCACCACACGAAAUCAAGACUAUACACAUGACCAGGCACUUGGACCCACUGCCACCAGGCUAUUUCUACAACGGUUAUCAAUAUGUUGACAUCUUCGGAGAAAAAAGGAACUUCCAUCCCAACAUGGAAGAAUUUAUUAAAGAGUACAUCGCUGAGGCCAACAAAGAGAUCGAGCUUUUCAACCGUCACCUGGAGCUGCAGGGACAGCCAGACCUGUUUGACCCAUGAUAGGAUCUGUGUGUAUGUCCACUGCCUCCAUCUGUCUUAUUUAACUGUAAGGCAACUAAUGUGGGCGGGGGGUUGGGGUGGGGGAGGGGCUAGGAGCAGUCCACUUGUAUGGUCAGUGUGUGCUCACGCCACAUGCAUCUGCAGAAACUGUUGCUUCCAGAAAUCCAUUCAUGAUCUAUGUACUAUGUCACUUUGUUACCUAGUUUGGAGGCAUGAAAAGGAUGAGCUGAGGGCAGCUUUUGAACAAUGGCAUCACCCAUCAGAGGCCAGUUAUGUCAUGGCAUGGCUGUUUGCCGUACUUCCCUCCGCAGCACCACGAACUGUACAGUUAGCACUUUGGCACGUUAGGUAUCAUAUUCAUCAAAUGAAAGCAGCAAGUUGACGUGGUCACUUGUGUUAAUUCAAAUUAAGACAUGAUGCAACGUAAGAUUCCGUCUUUAAACCAGCAGGAUUGUGCCACUAAGCCUGCAAGCUAUGAGACGUUCACAAUCGAAGGGAAUUUCCAGCCGCUCGCUCCUACAGCUUGUGCGUUUCUGUUUAUCACAGUUGGCAAAUUAAAGCCUCUAUUUCUGGAGAGGCAUGGAUAGCCGUGUGAUUCUGGUGGGCUCCCUGGUGGGGUUUCUCAAGAAUCGCUCCUCCUCUGUUGUCACCCAAUCCAUGGCCCACCUGUUAGCUUGUCUGCGUGCCGUGCUGCAGCAGAGGGAGCGCUUGGCCAUAGAGCUGUAAACACUGGACAGCCUGUUGGCUGCAGACAACUGAUGAAUGAUGCCAUUAAUCAAAUAGCUGUAUACCACCUCAGUGCUUUAUUUUAAGACUCCUAAAGUGAAUCUAAAGAAAGUGCAAAAAAAAAAGCAGACUUCAGUCCCUGCAGCCAAGUGUUGUAGUUAUAGAACAGCUGAGGCCGUAAAGAGAAAACACUGAAUCACCGAGGUUACAUGUCCACCAGAAUCUUUUCCUUCAUUCACUGUUCCCUGUUUAUUAUUAUGCUGCUAGUUAACAGUGACAAACCAGGUAGGACACAUCACUCUUUUUGGUCAAAAUGUUUAUUUGUUGAUAGAUUUGUGUGAACAUUUUAUAUUUUGGGUCACAACAUUGGGGUAGGACAAAGGGAAAAUAAUCUGGGGAAACUUUGGUUAGGUUUGGGUAAACAUGAGUCGAGCCUUUAGUGAAAGGUAUAAGGCUUUGUAUCAGUGACGUGAUGUUGCAGCGAAUCAGACUUUAUGUUCUGUUUAAAUGAGUAGUUAUGCUACUGUUUGCUCUGCGAUUGUGUGUCAGACUAAUGUUCUAUGCAUGUCUUCCUCCUAUCAGGGUUCCUACACGGGUUUUGAAAGUCUGUAACUUUGUGGAGAAUGUCGGUAAUUUCUGAGGAAAACCUGUGUUAUUGCCAUUUGUACAGGGCAUAAGAUUUAGGUAAAUUAUAACCAAAUAACCAAACAAGCAUUUCAAAAUAAACGUGUGGUAAACACAGAAUUUGGAAGUUAGAAAUGUGUAGGAACCCUGUUACAGUCUCUGGAGAUUUGAUAGCUUUCAUUCAUUAUGGGGUCAGCAGUGUAACACAGACUAAUUAAUCUUUGGAUCAAGUGGUUCUAGCUUGAGUGAACUGAUACUGACAAAGGAAUAUUUAAAUGCUCAUAGAGGCAUGCACAUACCGCUGCUACUACAAUGGUACGAUAUAUUACAUGUGUCUUUGUGGACUGUACCAAAAAAUGCCUGUACUCAGUGAUGAGUACUGUGAGAUUUUCACCAUGUCAGAUAAGAAAGGAAGGGAGUUUCUGCUAAGAGCGUAUUUUAAGUCCAGAGUCUAAUUCAGGGGAAUUAUGGAGCAGAGGGGGAAAUGCUCACUAGCGAUGUGAACAAUUAUUCUCUGCUGUUGAUCCUUAUCCAAACAGAUAUUUUUAAAUCACUGGCGACCUCAGUGUAUUUUGGGUUACCAUUCACAACGCUGGGUAUGUCAUGUUUUAAAUGUCUGUCUGACAGCACUGUCAGCAGCCUGUAAAAUUGAAAUAAUCAAUAAUUUUGUUUUCAGCUGGCAGAUAAGUGGAGAGUGAUAACAUCGUUAGCAAAUUACUUUCCCCCAGAUGGCCUGUGUGUAUCUGUGCAGAUUCAAAUAAGCCUAAUCCUGAACUCCACCUCACACUGCUGGCCCCAUCCGUCCUCUCAGCAGAGUCUACUUAGAUCUGAACAAGCCAUACCAUCCUAAGCUAGAUGUGCCACUGUCGCAUGGCAUAGAAUAGCAUAGCAUAUAACAUAGCAAAGAAGUAUGCCUCUAACAUGUAUUACCCUGGCAUGUUCCAGAUAGCAGCAAAAGAGGGGUUCACACGGAGAGGAGAAGCUUACCCCAAGUUACUCAUUCCAUGAACUUCUCUCCUUCGGUCCUUCUCUUUCACCCUAUAAAAGAAGUGCAAUUGUACCUUGUGUUUUUAUAUAUUGUGCUUACAGCACCCUCAAAGAGCUCUUUAAGGACAAAGCCGAGCAAACAGAUGAGCUGCUAAAUUCUCGGCCUCUCACAGCUUGUAUUCUGUGGUCUGCUGGAUACUGGCUUUGAGUGCUUGUAUCUCAAAUAACACCAUAAAGGUUCUUAACAGCAAGUGAAGGGUUUGUUUCAAAACGAGAUGCUACUUGAAGAGAAAACAUUACCUCUGCUUACAAAUGACUGAUAGAAGAAAAUACAAACCGAUUACAUUGCUUGUUUUUAAGAGCAGGACAAUAUGUAACUUAAACCUUUUGCUGACAAAAAGAAUAACUCUUGUUUAAGCUGGAUCCUCUGUUUAGCGAUUCGGAGAUGCACUCUCUGAAGCCGUCUGUUUGGAGCAACAGUUGCUGUCAUUGUGUAGUUAUGUAAUACUGCAGGGGCUUACCUUGAGUGACAGUGAAAUAGCUGUGAGGCUGAUGUAUGGAAGACUGAAGGUGCCGCAGAUUGAAACCUGCUACACAUGAGCAGAGUAACUGAAAACAUUACUGGCCAAGUCCUUAAAGAGUUGAGGGCUACGUAAGAUGUUUGUGAUAUUUAAAUCAAAUUACCACUAACACUUGUACACACACACACACGUAUACACCACUACUACUACAAAUAUGUCUAUACUAUUUUGCAUGUGUUGAGAUGUCAUGUGAAUAUGAUAUCAUAUAUUCUGACAAAUUGCCUUUCACCAAACUGGUACAACAAAGAAAUGAUCGCAUUUAUUUUACAUAUCUGCUAAGAAUUUGAAUUACCUCGAAACAACAAAUAGUAUUUUUAUAAGACUGUGAAUUGAACAUUCUAGAUGCAAGCAAAACGUCUCUUCUCGCACAAGCUACAAAAGGCAAAAGCAGAUGCAAUUUUUUUGUAGAGAGAAAAAAAAAAGUCUUAGAGAAUCUGAUUGGUUGUGAGAUGUCAGGUUUCUCUGAUCCAGCAGUGCCUUGGCUACGGCUAAGAAAAAGCAGAGAUUAAAGCUGCAUUCAGAGCUCCAUCCUUCUCCCUGUCACAGGGGGAGGAGGUGUUGUCAGGCGAGGAUCCGUCCUUCAACAGUGUUGGUGAAAGGAAUCCAUGGAGUUGUUCUUUAAAGCGAUGUGUUUUUACUAAGCCAGAGGGUAAAGUAGAUUAGGUCACACAGGGGGAAGCCACUGGAGGGCUCAGGAUGAUUCAGGUAUUCUUGCAAACUAACCAAAAAGAUGUUGGAAUAUAGGCUGAGUAUCACAGUGAAACCAGUGUAGUUCUGAUACUUAAUUAUUUAUAUUCAGAGUGGUGCAUUUCUUAGUGGUUUAUUUUAGUUUAUUUUAUGAGUAACAGACCAAAUAGUUGAUUUAUUUAAUGAAAUGUACAUAGGCUCAAAGCAAAGCUGCACUUUGUCCAUGUUCCUUUAGAACCAAUAAUAUCUAAAAUAAUGGGAAGUGGAAAUGUUUCUCUGUGUUUUUAUGCUCAGUCCUAGUUGGGAUACAAAGCCCUCAUGUUUUGUAUCAGAGUACAGACAAGAAAAAUGAGGAUUGAGUUUGUGACUAAAGUUGGGUGACCUCUACCUAUUGCACAAUGGGGGGCCCAAAGAGCCCUCCACGAGCCUCUCAGUGUGACUUCUACACAGCUCUCUGGCAGACCGAGCACCCUGGUGUCUUCAUCCUGUAUGUCGAUGCUAGCAAUUUUGUAGCUGCAGUUAUAGGACAAAAACAAAGUUUGGUGUUAAUUGGUUUUAUGUAAAGAGGUGGAAACGUGGCGUUCUUAUACUGCACUGUGAUAACACAGUGUGAGGGGGUUUUGUUCCGUUUUUAGUUUUGAGACUGGCUCCAGUGUUCAAAGGGGCCAACAAUGUGGAAUGUAUGCGCUUCUUGAAGAAGUUGGUAUUUUUAUGGUAUUUUUGUGCUCAUUGGAGAAAAGGCGGCUUGGAAAUGGAUUUUUAACUGACCAAAUAUUUCCCAGCCCUCAGGGGACUGUUGAUGCUAAUUGUUUGGGCUGUUCUGUCCUGUCGAGGUUAAAAGGGAAUCACAGGCUCUUCACCCCGCAGUCCUCACAGACAGCGAGAGGAAGUUUCUCAGGUGUGCUUAUUAUUUCCAUACCUGAGAUUACAUAUUUGCCCUAUCAAACCCAAGUGUUAUAGAAGAAGAUGGGGGUGAAAUUGUGGUUAAUGUCUUCUGUCUGUAGCCACAUACUCGCUGGCCACACAGCCGUGUAUGAAAAAGGAUGUUGUUAUUCGUAUCAAGGAACACUAACGAUCGAAGUUGGGAGGUGUUUGAUGUCGUGAUGGCAGAAUUAGAUUGGGGGGGGGGGGGGGGGCACCGGGACCGUCCAAAGUAAAAGGAAAAAAAAAAACUUCUUAUGGUCUGUUGUGAUGAGAAGCAAAAGAAGAAAAAACAAACUUAACUUCAAAAGUGCCAAACUGACUUCCACAUGUUGUUUUGGGGACGUUCACAGAAGUGAGCAAAACUGAAUUGCAUUUGCACUAAACUACUGUAACUUCUGUUUUUUUCCUGUGACUGAUGCUUUUAUAAUCUAAUUGUUGUAUUUAUUGCACCUCGUAAUCCAUUAAAUAUUUAUAU